AGCAAUACACAGAAAAACAGAGCAAGGCCUGUUCCAGAGACAUGAAAAUGAACCUCAAACCGCUGUGCUUAAUCUUUCUGAUCCUCUUCCUCAUGAACUGCCCGACAAGUUCAACUUCAACCCCAACUCCGACGCCUUGGCCGGAACAAUUCCACGCGCUUCUGUACAUGAACAUUAGCGGCAAGCCCCUUCAUGUCGCUGACCUCUGGUACGACUGGCCCAAGCGUCGUAGCUUCUACAUACACCGGCGGCAACUAGUCGAUGACCUCCUGUACAACGCGGAGUGGGGCAACGGCACGUCGUAUUACUUCACGCUGGGGCCAAACCCUACGUGCAGAGUGGUGGACUACGGGGUUGGGAUUCCGAGGCCCGAUUUUCUGGUCGACGCUAAUUACCUUGGAACUCGGGUCAGCGACGGCUUCCUCUGCCACGUGUGGGAGAAGGUCGGCUUCAUUUGGUACUACGAAGAUGUUCUCACCAGAAGGCCCGUUCACUGGGACUUCUCCGACGGAAUAUCGACACACGUUAUAACCUAUGAGGUUGGUGCUGUUUUGCCAGAUUCAGUGGUUCAAGCACCUGCGCCGUGUUUCAACCAGGACAAGCUUCAGUCCAAGACCACGUCGUUUAAUAAGUUUGGCUGCCCUGACUUCGAUUUGAAUUUGACUAAGGGUAUGAUUAGAUUGGCGUCGGGCAAAACUGACUUCUAAUCCAACUGACUUUUAUAACUGAAGUUAGAAUAAAAAUCAGUUAGUAUAAUGCAAUUUAUGUUUGGAUAGAUGCUUUUAAAAAGUCAGUUGAAAAAGUUAAAAGUUGUUUGGAUGAUUAAUAAAAAAGUUAGUUUAGUUGUAAAAUGACUGAAAAGGAUAUGGAGUAGUGUUUGAAAUUUUAUAUUUUUAAUGUGAUAAUAAUUUAAAAAAACACGUGAAAUUAUUAUGAUAAAAUAUAAAUAAUUUAUUUGUAAAAUUAUAAAAUAAAAAUAUUUGUUACGGAGAAAAAUUUGAAAAUAUAUUGUAGAUAAUUAAUUAAAUA